GAGGGAGUAUAAUAUAAAUUGGUAUGGGGAGGAGUGAGUAAAGAGAAACUGAAUAUUUGGGGGCUUAACCUAACCUAACCUAAGUUGGAUAAGGGGAAAUUGUAAAGAAAUGAGUUGGUGCUGUUGUAAUCGUCUUUCCACUUCAAGUUCGUCGGUGACUAGUGAUUUGUGGAGGCAAUUCAAUAUACCGUGUAGAAUAUCAAAUGUUGGUUUGAGGCAGAAGAGAAGCGUUUCUGCUUAUUAUGGCCUUAAAACCCCACCUUAUAAGCUCGAUGCACUAGAACCAUAUAUGAGCCAAAGUAUGGUUGAGAUACAUUGGGGAGAGCAUCAUCGUGGUUAUGUUGAAUCUCUUAACAAACAAAUUGAAAAGAAUGACAUAUUUUAUGGAUGCACCAUGGACGAACUUAUCAAGCUAACAUACAACAAUGGUAAUCCAUUACCUGAAUUCGCUGAUGCUGCCCAGGUUUGGAAUCAUGAUUUCUUCUGGGAAUCCAUGCAACCGGGAGGUGGUGACAUACCUAAAUUGGGACUCCUUCAGCAGAUUGACAAGGAUUUUGGUUCAUUUACCAUCUUUAAGGACAAGUUUAUCGAAGCAGCUCUCACAUUAUUUGGCUCUGGGUGGAUUUGGCUCGUCUUGAGCAGAGAGGAGAAGCGUCUUGCAAUUAUUAAAACAUCAAAUGCUGUCAAUCCUCUUGUGUGGAAUGAUAUCCCGCUGAUCAGUUUGGACUUGUGGGAGCAUGCUUAUUAUCUGGAUUACAAGAAUGAUAAAGCAAACUAUGUUAAUGUGUUUAUGAAUCAUCUUGUCUCUUGGGAUGCGGCAUUGGGACGCAUGGCUCGAGCACAGGCCUUUGUAAAUUUAGGGGAACCGAAAAUUCCUGUUGCAUGACAUUUUCCUUUAAUCAUCAGUUGUUUCUGUAAAUCCCUGUGCAAGAAGAGCAGCUAGUUUAGUAGAAAAGCUUGUGUUCCACUGCAGAAUCCCUGCCUUUAUUAAUCAGAAUAGGUAUGCGUGUUAGUACUAAAACCUUGUGCAUUUGCUGCUUCGUUCAUUGUUUUGAAACACAUGUACUUACGGGCAUAGUAAUGUGUAAUGGAAACACAUGGUAGAUUUCUUUUGUGGAUCACAACAAACAGAUUACU